AUGCAACCAAAUCAAUUAAAAAGACCAUCAUUAAAUCAUAGAUUUGAGCCAUAUACACUCAAACAUUUAACAAUUUGUAAAAGAUGUGAAAAAGAAAUUAUUGGUGUAUCAAAUUCAGCUCAAAUAUGUUACAGUUGUAAAAAUAUUUAUCAUACAAGAUGUUGUAAAGAAAUAGAAACAAAGAAAUUAGAAUUAAUAUGUCUCGGUCCACCAAAAAAGAUAAAAACAGUUUGGAAAAUAGCUUUAAUUCCAAGUUUAUUUAAAUCUUUAUUUUCAAAAUCAAAGGUAAUAGUUAAUUAUAGUCAGCAAUUAAUAAAUGAAAAAACAUUUACGUUAGAAGCUAUAAAAAUAUGGGUCGAUGUGAUGAGAGUUGAUAACGAUAGAUAUAUACAAAUAACUAAAUAUUACGAUAUAUUCGAUGAAGAAGUUUUUAAUUAUAUAAUAAAUAUGAUCAUUGAAAAGGAUAUAAAUUUACCAAUGGUUAAUAUAGAAUUUCCUGUCGAUCUACAUUCCAGUGUACAACAAAAUCAAUAUAUAAAUGACCAAGCUGUAUCACAAGAACAAAAACAACAACAACAACAACUACAACAACAACUAAUAUUACAACAACAACAACAACAACAACUACAACAACAACAACUUAAUGAAUCCUAUGAUAAUAGUACCAUUAAUAAUCUAAACUAUAGCAAUGAUAUUUCUAAUGCAUUUUCACCAAGAUCCGUAUUUAGUGCAUUGGAAUUGUCAUCAAAUGCACAGGUAAUGAAUGCAUUGGAAUUAAGUGUACCUUUUAACGAAGACGAUAAUAAUGAUGAUAGUACAUUAAGUGCAAGCACCUACAAUAGAAGAAAUAGUAAUAAAAAUAAAAAUAGUAAUAAAAACAAUACAUCUUCAUCUUCAUCGGCACCAGCAUCAGCAUCUUCAUCAAAACAUUCAAAUUUAAAUGAAUCCUUUUCAUCAUCAACAACUGCAGCGGCAAUUGUAAAUAAUAUCGAUAAUAGUAAUAAUAGUAAUAAUUUGGCGGCGUUAUCUCCAAGAUCAACAGCAUCCACUACUACAACUACUACAACUACAACUACUACAACAUCACCAAAAUCAAAUAAUCAUCAUCAUCAUCAACAUCAUCAUCAAAAUAGUAAAUCAAGAAAACCAUCAACAAUUAUAAUUAAUAAAAAAAAGAUUAAAAGUCCAAAGAAUAAAUCAAGUAAACGAUAUAUGUUAACAGAACAAUAUAAAUGGUCAACACAAAUGAUUGGAUUACAAAUACUAUAUAGAAUAUUAUUUAAUGAAAAGAAUAUGAUUCAUUUUUUAAAUGAUAAAUUUAUGGCACCAUUGGCUGUCUUAUAUCCAAUAUUGAUUAAUCGUUUAAAGGCAAUUUCAUUAGGGAGUGAUAAUAAUAAUAAUAAUAAUAACAACAACAAUAAUAACAACAAUAAUAGUAACAAUAAUAAUAAUAAUAAUAAUGAAGAUUUCAAAUUACUUUCUAUUAAUUGUAAGUUAUUAAUAUCAAUUUUGAAUAGAAUGUUAGACUUUGAAACUUUGAUACCACUAUUUUUCACCAAUAAAGUAAUUGAAUCUAUUGCUAAAGUAAAUUCAGAUCGUGAAUCAUUAAGAGGUAAAUUAAGUAAGGAUGAAUUUGAAGUAAUGGAUAGAGUGGUAUUGUUAUUGGGUAAAUAUUUUCAUUUGGAACCAUAUCAUAGUUUGAUAGAAAGAAGACCAGAAUGGAUUGAUAUGAUUAUCAACUAUAGUGUCGAGCAUAAAGUUGGAAUUUUACAUCACGAAAUCACCAGAAAUGAGGUGAAAAUCAAUGUUGAAAUUUAUGAUUCACCAUUGUGUACAGUGUAUAGUGGCGUUUAUAAUGGUAUGGAUGUUGCUAUUAAAGAGUUUUCUCAAGAUGGUAUGGGUUUCGAUUGGGUUUCAUUUUAUAAGGAGAUUACUAUCGUAUCAGCAUCUCAACAUCCAAAAGUUAUCAAAUGCUAUGGCGCCCAUACAAAGAAUACCAAUAAACCAUUCAUUGUCACAGAGUUAUGUAGUAGAGGUACCAUAUCGAAUGCAUUGAAUCAAAUUAGAAAAACAACGGGUCAACCACCAGCUAUACCUUUGAUAGUUCAUAUGGCAAUUGAUGCCGCUCAAUCAUUGGAGUUUAUUCAUUCAAAAAAUAUAAUUCAUCGUGAUGUAAAGGGUAAUAAUUUCUUGGUCAAUGAAAAUUGGGAAGUGAAACUCAUCGAUUUUGGCGUUUCCAGAUUCGUAGAGGCUAGAUUAGGUUACACCAUCGUUGGAACUCCGAAUUAUAUGGCUUGUGAACUUUUCAAUGGUCAACCAUAUCAUCAACCAGCCGAUGUCUUUUCAUUUGGUGUAGUUUUAUGGGAGAUGUUCACUCAAGAUACCCCAUAUAAAAACUUGACAAGAAUUGAACAAGCUUUAUUCGUACAAAGUGGUGGUAGACCAACAAUUCCACCAACUGUUCCAACCACUAUUGCAAAUCUAAUCGAAAGUUGUUGGGUACAAACACCUCAUCUUCGUCCAACCUUUACAGAGAUCCUCAAGGUCUUCUAUUCCCUCCUAACUCCACCACCUGAUAAUGAACAUUUGGUACCAGUGGUAACUAGAUUAUUCAAUUCCUCGAUCAUUCAAUUGAAAAUUUUAAAAUAUUUAGAUACGAAUACCCUCUUAAAUUGUGGUUUGGCUUCUCGUCAACUAAGAUAUAACCUUUACAAUGGUAUCUCUAUGGAAAAGAAAACAUUUUCAAACUUUUGGAUAAAAUUAAUGAAUUUUUCAAAAUCUAAAUUCAGAUAUGAAUUAUUAUCACCAUCUGAAAGAAAAAAUGAUUCAACUGGUAGUUCUCCAAUUAUUAUGUGUAUUCAACCAUUUUCUCCAAAUUCUCAAUCAAAGAAUAAUAAUAAUAAUAAAAAUCAUCAUAGUGAUGAUAUUAUCGAUGAUGAUGAUGAUGAUGAUGAUGAUAAAACAUAUCCUUCAUUAGUAAUUCCAUUUUCAGCUUCUUCACCAACUCUUAAUAUAAAUAGUGAAAAUAAAAAUAAUAAUAAUGUUAAUGAGGAUAAAACUUCUGAUACAAGUAGUAAUAGUAAUAAUAAUAAUAAUAAUAAUAAUAAUAAUAAUAAUAAUAAUAAUAAUAAUAAUAAUAAUAACAAUAACAAUAAUAAUAGCAAUAAUAAUAAUAAUAAUAAUAAUUUAAGACAAAAUCAAUUUUUAGGAAAUGAUUUAAAUAAAAGUCAAGACAAUAAUCAAUUAAUGGAUGGAAGUGGUGGUCGAAGGGAUAGAAGUAGAAGUAAAAGCAGAAGUAGAAGUGCAAGUCCUUCAAACAAUCAUCUUCAUGACAAAAGUUUAAUGGGUUUAUUAUCUUCUUCCCAAACUAGUGAGAUUGGUGAUAAUAAUACAAAUAAUAAUAGUGAUAAUGAAGUUGAUAAUAAUAAUAAUAAUAAUAAUAAUAAUAAUAAUAAUAAUAAUAAUAAUAAUAAUAAUAAUAAUAAUAAUAAUAAUAAUAAUAAUAAUAAUAAUAAUAAUAAUAAUAAUAAUAACAAUAAUAUAGAUAAUAAUAAUAAUAAUAAAGAUAAUAAUAAUAUUUUAUCAUCUGAAAAUAAUAAUAAUACUACAGUUAUUGAACAACAACAACAACAACAAAAUGUUACUAAUAAUAAUAGUAAUGAACCAAAAAAUAGUAAUAAUGAACCAAAAAAUAGUAAUAUUACAAAUAAUAUAGUUAAUCCAAAUGUUUUUACAACUACAACCACAACAACUACUACGACUCGAACUACUACAACAACUGUUUAUGAUGGGACAGGUACAUUAAAUAACCUAUUAUUUAAAAUCAAUGAUGGUGGAAUAAUAUCAUCAGAUUCUUCAAAUUCAUUGUCUGACCCAGAGAGUGAAGAAUAUUCAAUGCCAAUUAAAAGAUCAUCAAGUAUAAGAUCACCAGGUCCCGUAUCUGCUAUAUCUCCUCUUUUUAAAAGUUUAUCUCCAAAUUUAUCUCCAAUCGUUCCAAAUAUUAUAAAUGGUUAUUCUUUUGAGAAUACCAGUGCUUGUGAUUAA